AUGGAAACAAACUACUUCGUAUGCACCCUAGGACAAGCAGCUGCACUAAAGAAGAACAACCAUGACUUCCGCAACAUCAGUCAUUUCCUCCAACAUCAAGCCAGCCGUGUGGGUGGCAAACCCGCCGUUGGCUUUUUCAAAUCGAGAAUCACAGACUCCCAGAUAUGGGACUAUCAUGUCUUGUCAUUUGAGGGCGUCCAUGAAAGGGUCCAAGUCACUGCAGAGCUACUAGCCGAAUCCCUCGGAGGGGACGUCCCACCAGGCUCCACUGUAGCUCUGUUAUGUCCAAGUUCAGCGGACUUCCUGUUUACUUGGCUUGCGCUGAUGCAUCUUGGCUAUGCAGUUUUGUUGUUGGCGCCGCAGUGUCAGCCCUCGGCGAUAGCGCAUCUUUGCAAGAGCUGCGAAGUCUCGCAUCUGUUUUACGAUGAGGUGUACGAGGAGCAGGCCUGGGCCAGCGCUAAGCUGAUGAAAGAUGAGAGCGUUGGAAAGCUCAGUACGCUUCUUCUUCCUUCGUCGGGAAAGGAUGUCUUCGAGUCCAUUAGUCAGCCCACUGAAAGGGAGCACCAAGAGCUGCCUGCGGUAGAAGAGAGUGCCGUUGCAUAUCUCCAUCAUACUUCUGGCACAUCCACUGGACUACCGAAACCUAUUCCGCAGACUCACCGUGCUGGUCUGGGGGUAUUACCGUGUUUGAAUGGUUCAAGUAAAGCUACAUUUACGACUACGCCAUUGUAUCACGGGGGCAUUGCGGACUUGUUCAGAGCAUGGGCAAGCGAUGCUCUGAUCUGGCUAUUUCCAGGGAAAGAGGCGCCAAUCACAGCAGGCAACAUUAUCCGCUGCUUAAAGGUUGCCGGAGAAUGUGCAAGAGAGGUAAACGUGCCGCCAGUCAAGUACUUCUCAUCUGUUCCCUACGUGCUGCAGAUGAUGGAGGCGGACAAGAGAGGCAUGGAGUUCCUUACUUCCAUGGACAUAGUUGGAGUUGGCGGUGCAGCACUGCCAGCCGAGGUUGGGGACAGAUUAGUGGAGAAGGGCGUUCAUCUGAUAUCGCGAUUUGGUAGUGCUGAAUGCGGUUUCCUGAUGUCUUCGCAUCGUGACUAUGCCAAGGACAAAGAAUGGCAGUAUCUGCGGAGCUCACAGGGAUCGGAUGCACUCAGGUUUGAGAGGCAGGAGGACUGUACCUCGGAGUUGAUCGUCAUGCCGGGGUGGCCGCAUAUGGCCAAGAAGAACCGCCCCGAUGGAUCUUUCGCAACGGCGGACCUGUUCGCCCCUCACCCCGAGAUACCACACGCUUGGAAGUACCACUCCCGAGCCGACUCGCAGCUGACCCUAAUCACGGGCAAGAAGUUCGACCCAGCCCCUCUCGAGUCUGCCAUCUCAGCAGACGAACACGUCGAAGAUGUCCUCAUCUUCGGAAACGGCUGUCCGUUCCCAGGCGCGCUCCUUUUCCGGUCGAAGAACUACGCGGAACUAUCCGACGCUGACCUUGUUGAGGCCCUGAGACCGACCAUUGAAAGGCUGAAUACGGAGAGCCAGGACCACGCACGGAUACCGCGGAACAUGCUCGUGCCGAUGCCUUACCAGGAAAGCAACCUCGACAAGAGCAGCAAGGGCACUAUUCUUCGGAGCAAGGCGGAAGAGCGGUACGCGCAGGCCAUUGAGGAUGCUUAUGCUAAGCUCAGCGCUGUCAAUGGCGCCGAUGUACCCGAUGAGAAGGUCUCUGGCUUCCUUGUACGCCAAGUGCAGUCGAUCGUUGCUAAAGAAACGGAACUUACAGAGGAAACGGAUCUAUUUGCGUAUGGCGUCGACUCCGUGGCUUGCAUGCAGCUUAGAUACAGUUUGCGCCAGCUGCUGCCGAAAGGCUCGGAGGAGCUACCAUUGAGCAUCGUAGAGGACUGCGGUACGAUUCGCCGACUCAGCGACUACAUCCUCAAACAGCGCCAUGGAGAGGCGCACACCGAUACUGAUGACGAGACGCAGAUGAUGCUGGAUCUUGUCGAGGAGUAUGGGAUGUUUGAAGAUACGGACCAGGCUAACGGCCAUGUGAACGGCCAGUCGAACGGAAGUGCUUUUGAUGGUGAGGUUGUCGUACUUACUGGAGCUACCGGGGCGCUAGGUGCGCAUAUCCUUGAUCAUUACCGACAUGACAAAGCAACUGGGAAGAUAUAUUGUCUCGUGCGUGGCUCGGACGAGCAUGCCGCACGUGGAAGAAUCAGCAAGGCUCUAGACCAAAGAGGCCUUGUUGACCUGUCAAGCGACGACGAAGCCAACAAGAAGAUAACUGUCCUGCAAGCUCACCUCGGCGAUGCGCGACUUGGACUGGAGGACAGUACGUAUGAGAAACUAUGUCACGAAGCCACAAUCAUCAUGCACGUCGCCUGGUCCGUCAACUUCCGCAUGCGCCUCCGCAGUUUCGUAAAGGACAACAUCGCCAGCGUACGCAACCUCAUCGACCUAGCUCUCCGCUCCCCCAAUCCCCACCCUCCCCGCUUCGCCUACUGCUCCUCCGUCGCAAGCGUCAUGGCCUCCAACUCCGGCACCGCCAUCCCCGAAGCCAUCAUCACCGACCCCACAGCCGCCUCUCCACUAGGCUACUCGCGCUCCAAGUGGGUCGCCGAAAAUAUCUGCUACCGCGCCCACCAGCAAACACGGCUACGCCCCCGCAUCGCUGUCUUCCGGGUCGGCCAAUUGUCCGGAGAUACGAAGCACGGCGUCUGGAACACCAAGGAGGCGUGGCCGAUGAUGCUGAGCACCGUCCGCCUGACGGGCUGUCUUCCUGACCUGAAGGAUGAGCCGCUCGCGUGGUUGCCUGUUGAUGUGGCCGCAAGGGCGUUCGUGGAGGCGACGGCGAGUAUGGCGCAGCCGCAGUCCCAGUCGCAGACAGGCGAUAGGAUGAAGGUCUACCACGUCCUGAACGAGCACCAGACGCCGCUGUGGACGGAGAUGUUGCGCUGGCUGCAGAAGAGCGAGGAGUUUGAGAUUGUGGAGCCGCGGGAGUGGGUGGAGAGGCUGGAGGGCAUGCAGGAAAAGAUGAGGGAUCAUGCGGCGUUGAAGCUGCUGGAUCAUUGGAAGAAGGCGUAUGGGGAGGGGAAGGAGGAGGGGGAUACGGUGAAGGGUCCGAGGUUUGAGUUGGGGGAGACAAAGAAGGUGGCGGGGGUUAUGGAGGAAGUGCGGCCCGUGGACGAGGAGUAUUUUGGGAAGAUGUGGCGGUGGUUGCAGACGAGUAUGGAGUUGUAG